CUCGGUAGCUCUCGACCUCUGUAUCGUCCAGUUACCCUCUGAAGCCGACGAUGUCCGUCAAAGAAAAGCAGCAGCGCGUUUGCAGCCUGUUCGAGCACCUGACCACUGUAAGCCGAACUGCAGUGCCUGUCGACCAGAGGGAUGCUAGACUAAAGGGGAUUGGAAAAUUGGCCCAGGGAGAGCUUUUCUCAUGUUUCCACGAGAAACACCUGACGGAGGCAACAAAACUAUACGAAAUCCUUCAUUCUGCUAAGGACUUCGAUGAUUUCAUGAACUUGGCGAAACAAGCUCGAUCCUUUGCAAAUGAAGGCCUUUUCGUCUAUGCUGCCUCUGUUGCUAUUCUUCAUCGCGAUGACUGCAAAGGAGUCACUAUGCCACCCAUUCAAGAAAUCUUCCCAGAUAGGUUUGUUCCAUCCGAAACCAUCAGUCUGGCUCAAAAAGAAGUUGCAAACCAUCCUGACAAGGAUGUCGAAGUUGAGAUUGAAUCAACCGGCAACAUUCUGGAUCCAGAGUAUAAGAUGAGCUAUUUCCGAGAAGAUAUUGAGACUAAUGCCCAUCAUUGGCACUGGCAUAUAGUCUAUCCAGCAACAUGGAGACCAGAGGUCAUGGGCAGACUUAAGGACAGGAAAGGAGAACUUUUCUACUAUAUGCAUCAACAGAUGUGCGCCAGAUAUGAUUGCGAACGACUUUCUAAUGGCAUGAGGAGAAUGAUACCUUUCCAUAACUUCGAAGAAGAAUUGGAGGGUUAUUCCGCUCAUUUAACGUCUCUAGUCAGUGGACUGCAAUAUGCUUCAAGACCAGAAGGAUUCCAUCUGCAUGACCUGAAAGAUGUUGAUGUCCAGGAUAUGAUCCGUUGGAGGGAAAGGAUAAUUGAGGCUAUCCACUUGGGAUACGUUGAAGACGAAAACCACCAACGAGUUGAAUUGACAGAACAGAAUGGUAUUGAUAUCUUAGGUGCUAUCGUUGAAUCCAGCUAUGAAUCUAAGAAUAAGUUGUUUUACGGAAGUCUUCAUAACUGGGGACAUGUCAUGAUGGCAAGAAUUACUGAUCCUGAUGGCAGAUUCAAUGAAAACCCAGGUGUCAUGAGCGACACUUCCACUGCUCUUCGUGAUCCAAUUUUCUACAGGUACCACAGGUUUAUUGAUAACAUCUUCCAGGAGUACAAGUCCACUUUAAAACCAUACACACCAGAUGAACUCAAAUUCGACGGUGUUCAAGUUGUAAAUGUAACAGUAAAUGCUAAAGUUCCUAACCUUGUAACAACAUUUAUGAAGACGGAUGUUUUGGAAUUAACACAUGGUAUUGACUUUGGAACCAAACAUUCAGUCAAAGUACGUUACCAACAUCUGGACCAUGAACCAUUUACUUACAACAUCAGCGUUGACAAUAAGACUGGAGGACCCAAAGAAGCAACAGUCAGGAUAUUUCUUGGCCCCAAAUACGAUGAGUUAGGUAACCGCUUGGACCCAGAACACCAGAGAACAUUGUGCAUUGAAUUAGACAAAUUCCACACUGAAUUGACUCCUGGCAAGAAUGUAAUCACCAGAGAUCAUCGUCUAUCCAGCGUGACAGUAUCUGAGACUCAUACUUUCGAGAAGUUACUCAAGGGUGAAGGCGUCAGUGAAAACACAACAGAGUUCUGUAGCUGUGGAUGGCCUGAACACAUGCUUAUCCCACGUGGUAGCCACAAGGGAUCUGAGUUUGACCUUUUCGUUAUAUUAACUGACUACGCUCAAGAUGCAAUUGAAGGACAAAGUGACGGUGUUUGUGUUGAUGCCAUCAGUUACUGUGGUGCAAAGGACCAAUUGUAUCCAGACAAGAAACCCAUGGGAUUCCCAUUCGACAGAGUCAUCACAGCCAGUACACUCGCUGAAUUCCUGGUGGAUAACAUGAGCUGCACUGACGUCAAGAUCAAACAUCAAUCAUUUCAAGUUUCAGUUCGUGAAAUUACACUUGAAAAGGCCUUGGCGUGUCAGAAAGCAGAACAUGAAUAUUCAGGCACCCCAUGUGGUAUUAUGGAUCAGUUUAUAUCAUUUGUGGGGCGUAAAGAUCCACUGUGGCGGAAUCCAACUAUAAGAUUAUUAGGUCAUCCAGUUAGGACUGUUUCCCAGUUGAAAUAUCUAGGUGUCAUCAUAGACAACCGCCUCAACUGGAUUCCACAUUUGCAUCAUAUACACCAGAAAGUAGUAUCUCUUACCAAUAGCAUGAGACGAACUAAUGGCAUGUAUUGGGGCAUUAGACCAGAUAUGUUGGAGAUCUGGUAUCGCACAAUAACAGCGAGGGUGAUUUUGUACGGGUCUUCAGCAUGGAGUAUUCAUCUCAAUGGAAACCUGAGGAGGAAACUCAAUUCUAUUCAGCGUCUCCAACUCCUCAUGAUUAUUAAAGCUUAUAGGACCACCUCGACAGAUUCGUUGCAGGUGCUCGCUGGGUUACCACCAUUGGAUCUUGUCGUGGAGAGGGAGGCUGGACAAGCACGGAUCCUACGCAUAAAGGAAGAUUUUAUCUUGUGGGGUACCCAUUACCGCACUUGUGAUUACGAGGAUCAUUCCCCUCGUUCUCUGGGACAUCCGGCGGACAUAAAUUAUGAUGACAAAGUCACCAUAGAGCCCUUAAUUCCGGCUAGGCACGAAAUUUGUCUUUAUACGGAUGGUUCCAAAACGGAAAAACGGAACUUGGCACAGAAGUCUUUAGAUUACAGUGUAAUUAUAGCUGGAAGUCAAAAGAAAGCGUUAAAUAAUCAGAUGUUCAAAACAGAAAUAAUCAAAAAUCGGAUCACAUCAUUCGAGGAAGGAAUAUACGGCAUAUCAGAUCGAAGAGCUGAUAAUGUUUGUCAUUAUCCACGACUGGAACGAAUCGACCGAGCUAGAGUUGGAGGUGGAUGGAUCAUGAUAACACAGUUAAAUGUCGCUUGUCUUGCGGAAGCAGCAGCCCUGAAACAUGCGAUGUCUUAUGCAGCCGCUAAGAGCCAAAAUUCUUUUCGCAUUUACACCGACAGCCAAUCGGCCAUCUUUGCAAUAAGGAAUCCUUAUCAUCCCAGCCCACUUAUUGCAGAAAUCCAAGCACUCCUGAGAGCUAGAUCGUCGGCAUCUCCACUCCACAUAUCCUGGAUUAAAGCUCACUUUGGGAACCAGGGAAAUGAGGCGGACUUACUUGCAAAGGAGGCCGCGCAGAACAUAGAUGAGCAGCAAAUAGAGGUGCUGCUUUCCAAAAGCAGCAUUAAAAGGACAACGUGGAAGGAUGCUCUAAUCCACUGGCAAGAGGACUGGGAUUCCAUUCCACAGGGCAGACGCACAUACGAGUUCUUCCACAGGGUCAGUACAGACAGGCCACAUGACACGGCAGUAGCCUCUGAAGUUUUGUCUGGAAGGGAUCUCGUCUGGAAAUAUUCUCUUCAUAGCAACAUGCCCGCUCAGGACAAACAGCACCGCAUUCUUCCUUUGUUUGAACAUCUGACAUCUUUGACCAGGUCAGUGUUACCCCCAGAGGAGAGAGAUGUACGGCUGAAGAAGUUGGGCAGGUUGCCGAGAGGAACUCUGUUCUCCUGUUUCCACACUGAACAUCUAAUUGAAGCUCAAGAGCUCUACGAAAUUUUACAUGGAGCAAAGGACUUCGAUGACUUCAUGCGUCUUGCAGAACAAGCCAGGGACAUUGUCAAUGAAGGAAUGUUCGUCUAUUCUGCAUCCGUGGCUAUUUUGCAUCGUGAUGACUGCAGGGGCGUAACUGUGCCACCAAUAGAGGAAAUUUUCCCUGACCGUUUCAUUCCCUCAGAAACUAUCAACCAAGCUAUCAAGUCCGACCUCAAGAGGAAAGAUGAUUCACCUGUGGUAGUUGACAUUAUCCAGACUGGCAAUAUCCUAGAUCCUGAGUACAAAUUGGCAUAUUUCCGUGAGGAUAUUGGAGCAAACGCCCAUCACUGGCACUGGCACAUUGUGUAUCCUGCAACAUGGCGCCCAAGAGUUAUGGGAAAAGUAAAGGACAGAAAAGGAGAACUUUUCUACUACAUGCAUCAACAGAUGUGCGCCAGGUACGAUUGUGAUCGUCUAUCCACGGGACUUCAGCGCAUGAUCCCUUUCCAUAAUUUCGAAGAACAACUCGAAGGCUACUCUCCCCAUUUGACCUCACUGGUCAGUGGACAUCAUUAUGCUAACCGUCCUGCUGGGCUCAGCCUCCACGAUUUGAAUGAGUACGUAGAUGUGCAAGACAUGGCCAGGUGGAGGGAAAGACUUUUGCAAGCGAUCCAUCUCGGCGUGCUAGUAGAUGAUCAUGGAAAUGAAGUUAUACUCACCCCAGAACACGGCAUUGAUAUGCUGGGAGCAAUGCUAGAGUCCAGUUAUGAAUCGAGAAAUCGGGAAUACUACGGAAAUCUCCACAACUCUGGCCAUGUUAUGAUGGCACGCAUCCAUGAUCCUGAUGGCAGAUACAAGGAAAAUCCAGGAGUUAUGAGUGACACUUCAACAUCUCUUCGUGACCCUAUUUUCUACAGAUACCACAGAUUCAUCGAUAACAUUUUCCAAGAAUAUAAAGCAACAUUGCCUACUUAUGAGGAGAAAGACUUGAUUUUUCCUGGAGUAAGCAUCGUUAAUGUCACCGUGAACGCGAAAUUGCCCAAUAUUGUUAACACCUUCAUGAAAGAAGAAUAUCUGGAACUUUCUCAUGGUAUUUCCUUAACCGGAUCAGUCAAGGUUAGAUAUCAUCACUUGGACCACGAGCCUUUCACUUAUUCAAUUAGCGUUGAAAACAGUUCAGGUGGUGUUAAACAGGCAACUGUACGUAUUUUCUUGGGGCCCUCUCAUGAUGAACUUGGAAACAAGCUACAGUUAAAUGAGCAGAGACGAUUCUUCAUUGAGUUAGAUAAAUUCCACGCUGAACUGGCUCCAGGCAAAAACACCGUUUCACGCAAAUCUUCAGAAUCAUCCGUAACAGUAAACCCUACCCCAAAAUUCUCUGAACUUCAAUCCGGCCAAGGAAUUAGUGAGAACAGCACAGAAUUUUGCAGUUGCGGUUGGCCAGAACACCUUCUUGUACCCCGUGGUAAUCAUAAGGGCAUGGACUUCCAGCUGUUUGUUAUGCUGACAGAUUACGAGCAAGAUCAUGUGAAUGGCUUGAAUGAUAAAGCUAUCUGUGCUGAUGCUGUCAGUUACUGUGGAGCUAAAGAUCAGAAGUAUCCAGACAAAAAGGCUAUGGGCUUCCCCUUCGACAGAGUAAUCAAGUAUCGUACAGCAGCUGAAUUCUGUUCACCCAAUAUGACAUUCACAGAAGUCAAAGUUCAGUUCAAGGAAAUUGCUUAAAUAUAGGCACAGCAAUCAAAAACGAAAAUGUACUGAUAAAUUAGGCUAAAACUAACAGGAAAUUUAAAAAAAACCACUGUUAAAUAAAAUUAUUUGCUCAGUUUA